UGUGAAUGUUUGAAAUUUUAACGGUCAAAAAACGCAAAAAUAAAUAAAACUUUGAAAAAUGGAUAAAAAGGAUAACGUUUUAUCAACACCAAUUAGAAAUAAAACUGGAAAAACUAUGUUGAUUCCACCCUCUCCGUUUAUGAAGAAAAUAGGUUUUGGAACAGGUGUGUGUGUGUACGAGUACCAAAGGUCGCCAUUAGCUUCUAAAAUAAGAUCACCAUGGGCAAUCAAGAAGUUGAGCAAAUCGAAAAAAGGGGAUAUUCAUCUCAAUGAGCGGUUGAAAUGGGAAGCCGAAGUUUUGAGAAAAUUGCAACAUCCAAAUAUAGUGGGUUUUCGAGCUCACUUAAAAUCAAAUGCUGGUAAUAUUUUGGCCAUGGAAGAAUGCUCAGCAUGUUUGGGAAAUCUGAUUGAAGAAAGGAGAGAGAAUGGUCCAUUGUCACCAUAUUCUAAGAACAUCAUUAUUAAAGUUGGUCUCGAUAUAAGUAGUGCCUUGAAUUAUUUGCAUAAUACUGCUCUCAUAUUGCAUUGUGAUAUAAAAUCUUUCAAUAUACUGAUAAAAGGAGAUUUUAACAUAUGCAAAUUAUGUGACUUUGGUGUCUGCUUACCAUUAAAGAAAGAUGGUACAAUAGAUGAAGAAAAAGCAGGGGAUGAAUAUGAAUAUACUGGUACACCAAUGUGGUCCCCUCCUGAAGUUAUGAAAUUUCCCCAAAAAGUUAGCAGUAAGGCUGAUAUCUACUCAUUUGGACUUGUUUUACAAGAAAUGUUAACGUUAACAAUACCAAUUACCGAGGAUAUGAUGGAGUCAAUGGAUAUCUCAAACGAAGAUGAAGAAGAAUUUGAUGCUUUGGCAAUGAAUGACUCAAUAGAAUAUCCCCAUAUCGAUAUGGUUGUCUAUAAAGAUAUCAUAGAUUUGAUAAAUAUGUGUACUUCUAGUGAACCAAAACAUAGACCAAGUUCUAGAAAAUUGGAGGGAAUAUUCAGGGGAUUGACACUUAAACAAACAUAAUAUAGUAUAUUCUUCUAUACUAAUGCAAUAUCAGAUAAGAUUAAGAAUUCUUCAUAAAUUUGUUCUUCAUAAGGUCUGGUUCAUGAUUCAAAGAUAAUGUAAAUAAUUACGAACUGACAAUGGCUCUUUUACUGUAUAUAAUAUGUUUGUGAAAUAAAAUACUUUGAAUUUU